AUGGCUGCAUACUCAGCAACCAAACUGUUCAUCUUGUUUAGCCUUUGCUUUAAUUUCUCGUUUACCGUUUGCCAUGGAAGGACCAUUCCGAGCCUUCCGGUCCGUGCAGUUAAUCUUGGAGGUUGGCUUGUUACAGAAGGCUGGAUUAAACCCUCCCUUUUCGAUGGCAUUCCCAACAUAGAUUUCUUGGAUGGGACGCAACUCCAGUUUAAAUCAGUUACAAUUGGAAAAUAUUUGAGCGCCGAAACUGGCGGAGGAACCAUCUUAGUUGUGAACAGAACAUCAGCUUCUGGAUGGGAAACUUUUAGGAUAUGGAGGAUCAAUGAGACUAGUUUUAACUUCAGGGUUUUCAACAAACAAUUUGUGGGAUUAGACAAUGCUGGAAAUGGGAUUGAUAUAGUAGCAGUUGAAAACACACCUGGUGCAUCUGAGACAUUUGAGAUUGUGAGAAAUCCUAAUGAUUCAAACCAGGUUCGAAUCAAAGCAUCCAACGGGCUCUUCCUUCAGGCAAAGACGGAGGAACUUGUUAGUGCUGAUUAUGAAGUAAAUGGUGGAUGGAGAGAUGAUGAUCCGUCAGUUUUCUUGAUGACAAUAGGCACAAGAUUGCAAGGGGAUUAUCAAAUCACUAAUGGUUAUGGCCCCAUUAAAGCACCUCAAAUAAUGAAGGAACAUUACGACACGUACAUAGUGGAAAAUGACUUCGAGUUCAUAUCCAAGAAUGGACUCGAUGCCGUGAGAAUUCCCGUGGGAUGGUGGAUUGCCAGUGACCCGAUGCCCCCAAAGCCUUACGUUGGGGGAUCCUUGAAAGCCUUAGACAACGCUUUCCAAUGGGCUCGGAAAUAUGGUAUUAAGGUUAUACUUGAUCUGCAUGCUGCACCCGGCUCACAGAAUGGUUUCGAGCACAGUUCCUCAAGAGAUGGAUUUGUCGAAUGGGGACAGACUGAUGACAGCAUCAAAGAAACUGUCGAUGUCAUAGACUUUCUUACUGCCAGAUACGCAAAAAAUCCAAGCCUUUUUGCUGUGCAACUAAUAAACGAGCCUCUUGCAUCUGGAGUUUCUUUAGAGACUAUAACCAAGUUCUACAGAGCAGGUUAUGAUGCUGUUCGUAAACACACUCAAACAGCGUAUGUCGUUCUUUCGGACCGAUUGGGGUCUGGUAAUGUGAAAGAACUGUUUCCUCUUGCAAGUGAACUUAGCAGACCAGUCGUCGAUGUUCAUUACUACAACCUCUUCUCUAGUAUUUUUGAUAAUCUUACUGUUGAACAAAACAUCGAGUAUGUCUACAACAACAGAACAAGGGAACUGAACGAUAUUUUAACGGCGAAUGAUGCCCCUCUUAUUUUAAUAGGGGAAUGGGUGGUUGAAUGGCAAGUUAGAGAUGCAACGAAGGAGGAUUACCAAAGAUAUGCGAAAGCACAGUUAGAAGUGUUCGGUCGAGCAACAUUCGGGUGGGCUUAUUGGACACUAAAACAUUACCUGUUCAAUACAUCUGAGACAUUUGGGAUUGUGAGCAAUCCUGAUGAUUCAAAUCGGGUUCAGAUCAAAGCAUCCAACGAGUUCUUCCUUCAGGCAAAGACACAGGAAGUUGUUAGUGCGCUGAUUCUGAAGGAAAUGGUGAAUGGGGGCGAUGAUGAUCCAUCAGAUUUCUUGAUGACAAUAGGCACAAAAUUGCGAGGGGAUCAUCAACUCACCAAUGGAUGUGGCCCCACUAAAGCACCUCAAACAAAUAAUGAAGAUCGAUUGGAUUCUGAUAAUUUCAAAGAAUUGUUUCCUCUUGCAAGUGGAGUUAGCGGAUCAGCCGUCGAUGUUCGUUACUACGUCUUCUGUAGUCUUUUCAAUAAUUUCACUGCCGAACAAAACGUCGAGUACUUCUACAACAAUCGGACAAGGUAA